AGCAAGAUGUACCAGGUAGACCCGUCCCCAGAUCCCAAGGAGGUGGCAGCCAUCGAGGCUAGAAGAAAUCGAGAAAAAGAGCGACAGAGCCGAUUCUUCAAUGUACGGACCCGAGUCAUGGGGGUGGAUGUCAAAGCCCUCAACAGCCAAGUGGAAGAGCGAAAGCUUCGAGAGGCAACAGAGCAGAGCAAAGAGGCAGCUUAUGGUUCCUACCAGGAACAGUAUGAUCUAGUAGCCCAGAUGCUAGAGAAGGAAGAGGCAGAACGGACACGUCGGCUGAACAAGAAAGUCCAGGAAUUUCGGGAGCAAAAGCAGCAGCUUAAGAAUCGGCAAGAAUUUGACCUUUGGGAUCCUGGCCGACUCUGGAUGGAGUUACCAGCCUAUCUUGGCCCCAGCGAGCCCCCCUGUGGCCCAGCCAGCUUGCAGUGCUUUGCUGGGGAGGACCUGGAGAGGGCCAUGUGCCUGAAAAUGCAGCAGGAGCAGUUCAGAUACAGCCUGGAGAGGCAGCUGCAGGAGCAAAUGCAAGUCCAGGAUGAUGAGAAGUGCGCGGGCAGAAUUAUCUGAAUUCUAUAAUCUAUACCAAUCAACCUACAGCCCAGUACCACCUACAGUUCAACACCAGCAGCCGCUGAACCCAAGAUGCUCAUCUCUCUC